CCCUCCCCUAGCACGGGCUUGACGUAGCAUUGUAACAUCUCACUUCCAGCUUUGCUGUUCUCCAUUUUCUGCAGAUCGAGGUGUUUCCACGACAAAGAGAAAACCCCAAGGAAAAUGAAUGAAGAAUAUGAUGUUAUCGUUUUGGGGACCGGUCUUACGGAAUGCAUCCUCUCAGGAAUCAUGUCCGUGAAGGGGAAGAAGGUGUUGCACAUGGAUCGCAACAAUUACUACGGGGGAGAUAGCGCUUCCAUCACGCCUCUGGAAGACCUGUACAGGCGGUUCAGCCUGCCUGGCAAUCCCCCAGAAUCCAUGGGCAAGGGAAGAGACUGGAACGUGGACCUCAUCCCUAAGUUCCUCAUGGCCAAUGGUCAGCUGGUCCGGAUGCUGCUGAUCACGCAGGUGACCCGUUACCUGGACUUCAAGGUCAUCGAGGGCAGCUUCGUCUACAAGAAGGGCGGCAUCUACAAAGUGCCCUCCACUGAAACCGAGGCCUUGGCGUCCAGUCUGAUGGGGCUGUUCGAGAAGCGACGGUUCCGGAAAUUUCUCGUGUACGUCGCCAACUUCGACGAGAACGACCCCAAAACGCUGGAAGGCGUGGACCCCAAAAACACGACCAUGCGAGCCGUUUACGAAAAAUUCUCCCUGGGCCAGGAUGUCAUGGACUUCACGGGCCACGCCCUCGCCCUCUACCGGACAGAUGACUACCUGAAUCAGCCGUGCUUAGACACUAUCAACAGGAUCAAGCUGUACAGCGAGUCUUUGGCCAGAUACGGCAAGAGCCCUUACCUUUACCCACUGUACGGCCUGGGAGAGCUGCCGCAGGGCUUCGCCAGGUUAAGUGCCAUCUAUGGGGGAACCUACAUGCUGAACAAGCCCAUUGAGGAGAUCAUCAUCGAGAACGGGAAGGUGGUGGGAGUGAAGUCUGAGGGCGAGAUCGCACGCUGCAAGCAGCUGAUCUGUGACCCCAGCUACGUGAUGGACAAGGUCACCAAGGUGGGUCAGGUGAUCCGGGUCAUCUGCAUCAUGAACCACCCCAUCAAGAACACCAGUGACGCCAACUCCUGCCAGAUCAUCAUUCCGCAGAACCAGGUCGGCAGGAAGCACGGUGAGUCCGGAAGGGGGCUGGGCCCAGCCCGAGAGGGGGGGGAAGUAUUUUCUGGUUGGUCUUUCGGUGGUGACAAUCGGUUUUUCUUCUGCUUUCUCUGUAAAAACCUCUCAGGAAAUAUGGUCGAAUGUACGGCAUUACAGUUUCUGAGAAGAAAAAAAAAAAAAUUCAGUAUUAGAAACUACAUCGCAGAUAUUAGUUUGAGCAUCUGUUUCUUUCUUUGCAGGUUAGUGAGCAUCAGCGACAUGCAUGUGCCAGUUGACAUGGGUGCCGAAAGCCAGGUCUUCAUCUCCCGCUCCUACGACGCCACGACUCACUUCGAGACCACCUGCGACGACAUCAAGGACAUCUACAAGCGGAUGACGGGCACGGACUUUGACUUUGCGGAAAUGGAGCGCAAGAAGAACGACAUCUUCGGCGACGCCGCCGAUCAGUAAAACAGCCCACUGCACUCCCGAGUAUAUAUGGUAUUUUCAAACGACUGUAAUCACCGAGCGGUUACAGGCCGACGAUCCAAGCAUAUUUCGCCCAUUUACGGAACUGAAUAAAGUUAUAACUUUGUAUUGUUGGGAUAGGCAGUGGCCAGCCUGCUUUUUAUAAUUGCAUUUUGACAAGUAUUGCACUGAUUGUUGGUUAAACGCCCUGCAUUUACCCCCUUACAUUUAUCUUGACAUCAUGUGCUGAGUUUUCUUUUCCUGUCUAGUGAGGGUGUUUUGCCAAAGAUACCAAAUAAUCGGUUUUUAGUAAAGUGAUUACAGGAGGAAUAUUCAGUACUAUUAAACAGUAUAUUUCUUUUUCUCUGCAACACCGAAACAAAGGGUAGUUGUGCUUUAUAUGUGAACUUCUAGCGGGUGAGUUUUUCCACAAAAGCGAUGUUAUUUCUGGAAUGACCUGGGCUCAGCAAAACAAUCCUGAGUGGGAUUAUUGGUGAUGAAUUACUGGGGCUAAGGCUUACUGGGGGUGUACAAUGGGAAAUGGUCAGUCUAGAGCAGGGGUGUCCUAUCUUAUCCAAAAAGGUGUGGGUGCAAGUGUUUCUUUUAGCCUAGCACUGAGGUACCUGAUUCUACCUUUAAAGGUCUUGAUUUGAAGUCCAUGAUUAGUUAAUUGGUUAAAUCAGGUGUCGUAGCGCUGGGCUGAAACAAAAACAUGCGCCCAACCCAGUGCUUUAUGGAUAAGAUUUGACACCCCCUGGCCUGGAACCUGAACUUCGGGGGGUGGGGGGCUGCCAAAGUAAUUUAAGUAAUUUGGUGCACAAGGACAAUGGUUAAUUCAGCACAAGGGUGAUAGUUAACCAAGUUCCAGUUAUCCACUUAAAUAUGUAUUAAAAUUUUGUUCAUUGAAACUAAUUUUUAGGGGAAACCCAAUGUUCAGUGGGGAAAUGCUUUCCAGUUUUCUUGCAUCUACCCCUACUCCUGACUAAAGUUCACCAAGCACAGGGCAAAAUGUAAUAUAUCUGCUGAUAGUCAGAGCUACUGCAACAGAAGUGUCAAAUAUUUUGAAUGCAAUGUACCCUAACAAGUCCUUCUGUCUUUCUUCAACAAAUAAACUGAACGGAGUAAAAGUG